AUGGGGGGCAAAGGCAAAAAAAAGGGGAAAGGUCCUCCAGAAUCAGGAUGGAUGCCAGGAUUCGGAACAAAGGCCACUAUGAGCACCUACUUCCAAUACCCAACCCCCGAGCUGCAGGAGGAGCUAAAGAAAAUCGCCCAGGCGAUUGUAGUUCCUGGCAAAGGUAUCCUUGCUGCUGAUGAGUCAACUGGUACUAUGGGAAAGCGUCUCCAGGAUAUCGGAGUUGAGAAUACAGAGGAGAACCGCCGCAAGUACCGUCAGUUACUGUUUAGCACAGACGCUGCUCUGUCGGAAAACAUCUCUGGUGUGAUCCUAUUCCACGAAACUCUAUACCAGAAAGCUGACGACGGUACCCCCCUGGUCAGCUUAUUGGAGAAGCGCGGUAUCAUCCCUGGCAUCAAGGUAGACAAGGGCGUCGUGCCUCUCUUUGGAAGUGAUGACGAGUGUACCACACAGGGUCUCGAUGACCUCGCCCAGCGUUGCGCCCAGUACAAGAAGGAUGGCUGCCACUUCGCCAAGUGGCGUUGCGUGAUCAAGAUCGGACGCUUCACACCAUCCUACCAGGCGAUCAUGGAGAACGCCAAUGUUCUGGCUCGUUAUGCCUCCAUCUGCCAGAGUCAGCGCAUCGUGCCUAUCGUUGAACCCGAAGUGCUGCCCGAUGGUGAACAUGACCUUGACCGCGCCCAGAAGGUGACCGAGAUUGUCUUGGCUGCCGUCUACAAGGCGUUGAGUGACCACCACGUAUACCUCGAAGGUACUCUUCUUAAGCCCAACAUGGUGACAGCAGGCAUGGCGUGCAAGAAGACCUACACCCCUAUGGACAUCGGCCGCGCUACCUGCACUGCUUUACUCAGGACAGUACCUGCUGCAGUUCCCGGCAUCACGUUCCUGUCUGGCGGUCAGUCUGAGGAAGAGGCCUCCGUGAACCUAAACGCUAUCAACACCGUGGACAUAAAGAGGCCGUGGGUGCUCACCUUCUCCUAUGGGCGUGCUCUCCAGGCCUCCGUCCUCCGCGCAUGGGCUGGCAAAAAUGAGAACAUAACCGCGGGACAACUCGAACUUUUGAAGCGUGCUAAGGCUAACGGUCUGGCUUGCGUUGGCAAGUACGAGGCGGGCUCUAUUCCUUCUCUCGCCUCAAGUAAAUCUAACUUUGUUAAGGCACAUGCAUACUAA